UUUUAGGUAUCGGCAAUUCUGGUGGUGAUAUUGCAGUUGAAUUAAGUCGUCAUGCGAAGCAAGUUUACCUCAGCACUAGACGAGGGGCAUGGGUACUUUCCAGGCUUGGUGAUGGCGGAAUGCCUGUUGAUAUGGUGUUGGGCACAAGAUUUUUUAAUUGUAUUCCAAAGGUAUUGUCCGGCCCUGUUCUGGCAUCAAAGAUCAACAAACGAUUUUGUCAUACUACAUUUAGCUUGAAACCCAACCAUUCUCCCUAUGCCCAACAUCCAAUGGUUAAUGAUGCAUUACCCCAUCAAAUUAUUACUGGUGCUUUGAUUGUGAAACCCAAUGUGGCACAAUUCACAAAGGACGGUGUUCAAUUUGAUGACGGAUCAACUGUGAACAACCUUGAUGCUGUGAUUUUUUGCACUGGAUACGAUAUGAGGUUUCCUUAUCUUGAAAUUGAGGAAGAAGUUGUGUUGAAAAAUGAAGUAAAAUUGUAUAAGUAUGUUUUUCCUCCUUCCCUGAAGAAACCCACAUUGGCAGUGAUUGGAAAUAUUCAACCUUUGGGUGCCGUUAAUCCGAUUAGUGAGUUACAAGCUAGAUUGGCUUGUCGUGUCUUUGGAAGGAAAGUCCAAUUACCCAGCCAGGAAGAUAUGGAAAUGGAUAUUUCCAGGAAACGAGAGGCAAUGAAGAAACGUUAUUAUGAUACAAAACGACAUACAGUCCAGGUAAAUGGGUAUCAUUCAAGCUUGUAGAUUUUAUUUUUGUGGGGGUAGCCAAUAUUUUUUAUGGAGGUAUGCAUGUGGUCUUUUAGAGACGACCAAGCGAACAAAAAACUGAUAACCUGGGGAUGAGAAUGCAUCCUGGAAUCAAACUACAACUGGUGUGCAACUCAGGCGGACCCUUCCCCCACCCAAUAGACGAUUCCCCUUAUUACGUUUUCGUAGCGCUUUGCAUUGUGGUUAUAGUGGUAUCACUCACAUUCAAGAUGGCUUAUUUUUUGUUCUGACCCGUGGAAGAACUUUUAAGCUAGGGUCAGGUGCGUGAUGCCAACAGCAAAAUAUUCGCGAAAACGUUCAAUAUUUUCAUUCGAGGCCGCUAUCUUUAUCAGUGAUACCACUAUAACCACAAUGCAAAGCGCUACGAAAACGUAAUAAGGGGAAUCGUCUAUUGUAGCUCUUGGAUUUGGUUCAAUAGCUGUAGAGUUGACCGUUUUGGAGUUGACCUCGCUGUACAUCCAGAAUUCUUAAUCGAAAGUUUUUAAAGCGCAUAUUUUGAUACUUGAAUUUGGAGCUUGCCUCUUAGGCUAUGGAGGUAGGGUCGCUUCAUUGUCCCCUGACGUAAUAGUAUCGUUUUUAGGUUAAGGUAGACACUGGUCAAUGUGCAAAAGGCUAUACAUGUGUAUAGUUGAGUUUCAUUAGUUGUUGCAUGGUGGUCAACGUCACAAACGUUGGAAUUUUUACAUGUAGGAGUACUCAAGUUUUUCUACAUUUCUUAAUUCUCUUUAUUUGUUUUCAAGUACUAUUGUCAGUAAUGAAAUGUUUCUCAUACACAGAGCUUUGUGAAACCUUUCAUUACAUGCACGGAUUGUGCAUGCAUAUAAAUCCAAAGUGAGACAAGGUUUGAUUUAAAGUCGAUUCAUUAAUAUGCAUACGGAUUGUGCAUGCAUAUAAAUCCAAAGUGAGACAAGGUUUGAUUUGAAGUCGAUUCAUUAAUAUGCUGAACAGUUUCUCAUACACAGAGUAUUGUGAAACCUUUCAUUACAUAGAGGACUGACGGAUUGUGCAUGCAUAUAAAUCCAAAGUGAGACAAGGUUUGAUUUAAAGUCGAUUCAUUAAUAUACAUACGGAUUGUGCAUGCAUAUAAAUCCAAAGUGAGACAAGGUUUGAUUUAAAGUGAAUUCAUUAAUAUGCUGAACAGUUUCUCCUACACAGAGCUUUGUGAAACCUUUCAUUGCAUAGAGGACUGACGAAUCUGUCAAGAUAUGAUGGUCUGGAAACCCGGCAAACUUCAAAACUACAAAAUAGAAGGCCUUUGUUUCAUGUUGAACUGUACCUCACCAUGCUCAAAUCCUUUGUCCCAACUUCAUGAAAUAUUAUUCAUCGUGGUUGCACGUUUCAUCUCAGCUGUCCUUAUUGAACGAUUACUUCAUUAUACAAAAAGACAAUGAGCUCAAUCACCGUGACCGUGCAAAAUUAACAUAAACUCAGACAAAAACGUAAUACAAUGACUUCUGUUUAGUUUCCAGACCAUACUAUGUGCUGAACUGUUUUCAAACCCAUGCAGGGCUGAGCUGCAUGCUAGCUAUAGGUGAUGUGCAACCACUCCCAUGGGAUUCGAAGGACAAAGCGAUUUUCGCCAUCUUAGAUGAAAUUUGCAUUGCAAACAAGCAAAAUCCUUGUCAAUGUCAUCCAACAUGGCGACGGUGACAUAACUUGCACAUCACCUAUUGCGAUGCGAGAACACGAAAUUUACACAGUUGGAAUAUAGUUUAACAGGAUAUCUCAUACUACCAGUCUUAGAACUUGAUCAGUUCUAAGAUUUGUAAUUACAUGUUCUUCAAUGAAACGAGUUUGCUAUAUUCGAUAUAUCUAUGUGAUACGUUACACGAUCCGCAAAUACAAAAUUCACCUGAUUUGCAUAAAGCUUGUUCCAUUUUCUCAAUAGAAAUAGCUUUUUCUCAAAUAACGUCUUGAAAAUACAACUAUAUUUGGAUUCGUGCGUUCCACAACCUACAUACAGGCUACAGCAUUGGUAUCCUAAUUGUAUCAGACAUAACAACCAAUCGGUUUUAACUAGUAUUUGUAUACUCUGAUACAACACAGCCGGUCAAGCUGUAUACAUUAAGUACCACCUCCACCCGAAGCUUCUGCAGUCUGCACAAUACAACAGACAGGUUUGAAGAAAAAUGGCAAUAAAAAUUAUGCUUGUCUAGUUUGAAAGAGUGUUGAGAAUAUUCAAAAAUUAAAAUAUCUUAAUUUUCUUAGAUAUUUGGAAGCAAAACAUCCCACCAUCCGCCGUCACAACCAGGGCUCAAAAUAACGGCUGAUAGGUCCCAGGUCAAAAUGACCGGUGAGCUUGAUUUUAGCUCGGUUCAAAAUCUGUUUUUGACCAGUCACUAAUAUACGCAUAUACUAGUAAGUGAAUCACCGCCUAGGUCUACUUCGUAGGAUUAAACACCUGCUACCAUUUAAUGCACGAAUCCUUUUUUAUAACAGUCUCGUACUCCCAAUCUUUGACUAUGCGGAUGUUAUAUGGGGAGCCAAAAAUAAUAUACAGUGUUAAUGAACAAUCUUCAGAUACUCCAGAACAAAGCCGCCAAGAUUGUUUUAGACCAUUUUUUUUAUCGGCAACAGACGCGUUAAACACUUUAGGCUGGACCACUCUUAUUUGUUUAUUUGUUUUUAAAGCCCCAUUUACACUACGCUCAAUUUUUGGUACGGCACGGAUAAAAUUGGUACCCGUACCACUUUUUUGGUUCUUGGACUACCUAUUUGGCUAAGCCCCGUUUACACUAUGCUCAAUUUUUGGUACCGUACCACUUUUUGGUUCUUGGACUAUCUAAAUAGGUAGUACCAAUUUUAUCCGUGCCGUACCAAAAAUUGAGCGUAGUGUAAACGGGGCUUAAGUGUCUAAAUAAUCAUACCUCACAUGGAUUUGAACUUCUAGCGAACAGAGAAAUACAAUACACAAACUACAAUGCACGAUAUAAGGACAAUUUAAGGCCACCUAAAGUGUCAAGGAAUUGGAGAAAGCAAAGACUCGCUUAUUUGAACUUUCCCUCGUAUAAUUUUGUAAUAUUUUUUAUAGUUAUGUAUGCAUGCAUAUGUCUUCCUUGUAAAAUAGUUUAUUUAGUUCAGGACCUUUCUGAAAAUCACUUUGUGAGAAAGCUUCCUGAAAUUAAAUAUUAAUUUAAAAAAACACACAAAAAAAACAGUGAAACAAAUCGUAAGAAUUUGUUUCGAGACAUUGCUUUUAUUGUUUAACGUUUUAAACGCUCAAGACGUUAGCAAUCACAUUGUAUAAAGGUGAAUAGUCAAGUUUAUCAUCGUUAGUGGUUACUAUAGCUCUUUCGGGGAAAUCUUUAUCAUGUGGGUUGACCAACACAAACAGAAUUUAACUGUUGAUGCAUGAGCCAAGCGAAUUAUCAAUAAAUUGUACAACAAAUACCUCUAUCCGAUUAGGGGUUGCAAUAAGUAAAUAAAAUUUUGUUGAGUAAACAACCUAUAGCUAAUUACAACACUUAAAAUAAAAUCGAAACCUUUCCAGUUCAACCAGCAUGCAAUUACUAUUUAGUUAUACGUUUUGUUCAAGAACAAACGAUGUUUUUGUCGUACGUAAAUUGACGUUCUUGUGGUGUAAUGCGUAUACAUGCCAUGAAAUACACAGUCUUUCUCUGACAAUAUUCAGCAGAUAUGCUGAGGAGAAAAAAACGAUUUCUAAUAAUAAUAAUAAUAAUAAUAAUAAUAAUAAUGAUUUAUUAGCGAUUCCAAAUUGAAUUGGCUCUUCUAUCACUAAAUUAACUAAUCUACAUUAACAAAUACUAUAUUUACAAUGAGUAGCUAUGAAGAGUUAAUACAUCUAUACAGUACAUUCACACAGUCACAGUACAUAUUUCACAAAACAGAUGUAACAAAACAUAGUCAUUUAUACACCGGCCCGAGCCUCUCGUGGGCCAAGUCUGUGAGAUAGACUUUCACACUUGUUCCAAAAAUGUUGAAAUCUUUGCAAUUUCGCAAACUAUCUGGCAGAGAGUUAAAUGCAGCUGAAGGAAAAUGGGGCCGGGCAACUGACAACCGUUGACCGCCGUUAUUUUGAGCUCUGAAAACUAAAAAAUAAUAUCAGCGGAAAUCUUAUACAUGGCUUGUGCUUUAGUUUAAAAUCGACACGAGUAAAAAAUAAGAUUUAGCAUUAAAAUAACUUCAGAAUUGCCCAAGAUACAAAAUAAUUUUACUCCGGUUGUGACUUCACGCAUAUCCAAGAUGGCGGAAUGCAUGAUGAUUUUGUUUGAAAUGAAGGGUAAUACCUUUUUAUACCAAGAACGAUAAAGAAAAUUGUAAUAAGGUUUUGAAAUAGAUCCAAUCUCCCUUCCAAGUGCGAGAAACCUGAGAUGAAACACACUCCAAAGUCCAAAUAUUAACAUCUUGUAAGUUCAAGAUUCGACCUAUUUAAACAAGGCAACAAAGUCAUUGUCAUGCACCUAUCAAUGUUUUCCCCCUGAGAGGGGGGUGCGGGCAACCCAGGGGAAUUUUGACAUUUUUAAAAUUUUGUAGUCAAAAUCCCCACUGUUGGGCAAGGAACGGCUGCCAAAAUUCCCCACUAUAUUCCUAAGAUAACAAGGCACUCGUAUGUUUUCCAAUGCGAACAUACAGUCUAGUAUGUUUUCCAAUGCGAACAUACAGUCUAUACUGCUUUAAACUUGGUAAAAAUUGAGACAUUGUGUAUAAAAUACCUUUUUCGAUGAAACUUGAUCUUGUUUCUCCGCUAUACUUGUUACCAGGCCUUUUAGUGUCAAAACCGCGCAAACUUUCAAGAUGGCGCAUGUCAAAAUUUCCCGACUCUGGGAGUUGAUGCAUAGGUCAAAUUCCCCUCGCUGGGUCUUCAUAGUGUGGUCAAAGUCGCCUGGGUCGUCCGCACCCCCCUCAGAGGGAAAACAAUGAUAGGUGCAUCAAACCUAACUCAGCACGCUUGUAAAUAGUUAGGUUUGAGAAUGACUUUGGAAUAAAGUCGAAAUAUUACCUUGAAUUUUGUUGUCUUGUUAGCUUGUUAGCUCAUAUAGCUUGAAUCUUGAGUUUAUACAAGAUGUUAAUAGUCGGAAUGUGUUAUGAUUCGGUUAUACAAGUGUAUGUUAAAAUUUAUAAAUCUGUGACUUGACAUUUUGGGGAGGCAAUAUUUUGCUUAGCGGAUUGCAUUCACAUUUGUUCUUACUGGAACAGUCUGAGAACUUUUUAAAUUUUCUCAAAUCUGGUCGUAAGUGGCUAAAGUAUAAAAUGGCUAAAGUGGUUCAAGUAUAAAAUAACUGUAAUGCAUGCACGGACAAACUGAAACGAUGCUAGGUCUACAUGGUUUCCGUGAACGAGUAAACUUUAAAGAAGUGUUGGAGGCUCAUCUAUAUUUUUUGCUUUUCAGGUUGACUUCAUCACAUAUUGUGAUGAGCUAGCUGAGAUGAUUGGAUGCAAGCCCAACCUGACGAAAUUGUUCCUUAGUGAUCUACCACUUGCUCUGAAAUGUUUCUUUGGUCCCUGCACACCCCCGCAAUAUCGCUUGAUGGGACCUGGCUCGUGGGUCGGGGCAAAAAAGGCCAUCGAGAAAGCUCACAAUAAUGUUAUUUAUGCCACAAAAACAAGAGAUACCAAGCAACCCUCCAGUUCGUCAGCAAUUACGGUGGCCAUGAUUGUCGCAAUUAUCUUAGCAAUGAUUGUAAUAACUUGUCUAGUAAAUUAAGAAGGCUAAUGUGAAUUGGCACCUUGUAUUAAAUUUAUCAGACAUGACAGGGGAAGACUAUUCGGCACUCAGUUAAUGCAGUGACGUCACGCCGAAGGUUGAUCGCAAAAUGUCGUCGUCUACAUUUAUUUCGUGGUACGCGCGAGAACAGCUCACUCUGUGAUUAAAUGCCCGGCAUUUAUUAUAAAAGAGCCUACAUGUCGGAUUAAUGAUAUAACAAGACGCUCCAUGGAGCGUUAAGUCGCUGGGACGAUGGGAAUAUGCAACUUUAAGUACAAGUAUACCACAAAAGAAGAGCGUGUUUGUUUUUCCGAAACCCCUUUCCAUCUUGUCUGGCAGUUAGUGCUAAUAGUUAAAACAAGUACAACCAUGUAGCAAUGUUGUUUAAAUUAGCCUUUCUCACGAAGACGAAUAUCCGCCAUUUUUGGGUGGCAUCUAAUUCUCGUUAACCAAUGCAAUCGUCAACCAUUUACAAAGCAAAUUUACCAUUAUUCGUCCAAAUGGAGUUUUCUCGCAGUCCACAUGGACUUUACUAUUACAAGUAAAUAGCGAAAUUUUGCACGCUAUUCCAUGGUCGCCAUUUUGAUUUCGCCCAAAGGGCAAAUUUAGAGUCGUUGAGCAUCAUAGGUGGUCCCACCGACUAAAAAAGCGUUUUCUACAACAAUUUUAAACGAGCUGGUUAGUAGCUUAGCAGUUAAAGUGUUGGAAACUCGGCUGCUAGGCAAAAUCUAUAACCCCUUGUUUCCACAUUUUUGUAGUUUUGAAUAACAGAGUCAUCUGGUUUUGGUCGGUGUCAUCUGCCGAGCAAUGUGUUGAAUCAUACAUAUAGUAUUGCCACUCCUUUUGCACAAAGGCGAAAAACGUGAAAAAAUUCGUGAACUUCUUCAAGUUCCACCCCGAUCAGAUCACAUCGCUCAGUAGGUGACAUUGUGCCUUUAAAAUAUCUUAUUUCGUUUCGAUCAACGAUCCAACAUUUACGUGAUGGAAAGUUUUGCGCGUACGAAGAGCAACCGAGAGUUUGUCGAACUUCUCCGAUGAAUCUUCGGUGUGACGUCAUUACAUCAAGUUAGUGCGGAAUACUCUUACCCAUGAUCUAAAUGCAUUGUAUUCGGCAAUCUGCAUGUUAGGUACGGACUAUUGAACAAUAAGAAAAAACGCUUAGUGCAAGAAGAUUAAAUAGGUUAUAAGAAUUUUCAUAUAUCGAAAGAAGAGUACAAUCAUGAGUUGAUUGUUAAAUAUACCCUAUAAAUAUUCUAGUUAAUUGUUAUGAAAAACCUGUAUUGUAUUCAAAUGUUAUUAAAUUGUUCAAGAG